AUGAUGCUGUCGAAUGUGUCAAAUAGAGUGUUGAUUCGAUUCACUGAAAAUUAUGCACAAAUUCAUGGAAGAAUUGUUUUUCCAUUGACAAUUUUCGGAAUCUUGACGAGCAUUGUUACCAUUGCCGUACUUAACAGAAAAAACUUUCGUACGCCGACAAAUUUAAUUCUACAGCACGUGGCAUUUUUCGAUACAGUCGUUUCAAUAUCUUACAAUAUAUUUUCAUUGUAUUUUUACAUUCUCCAUGAUCCCAAUCCAUUUGUAGGUCAAUCGAUAUUUUGGCCACGUUUCGCAAUAUUUCAUUCCAAUGUUGGCCUCACCGCUCAUACAAUUGCCCUAUGGUUAACUUGUUUGCUAGCAAUUAUUCGAUAUAUUAUCAUAUCUAAGCCAAAAAAAGUCGUCAUUAAUUCCAUCCAUGUAACUAUUCUCGUUUGGAUCGUUGCUAUGACCAUAUGUUUAUUGAUGAUUCCGAAUUAUUUACUAUGGAGUGUAGUUCCUCAUCCUGCACGUGAAUAUUUUCCGCAAAGCUACGAUGAAAAUGCCACCGAAAUUGUUUAUUGGGUCAGUACAGCAACAGGUGGACGAUUGGAGCGAGUUUCUUUUGGCAUUUUAGCCAUAUGUUUUAAAAUUUUACCUGUUUUUAUUCUUAUCGUAUUCAGUGUUCUAUUAAUUCUCAAUAUUCAUCAUGCACGCCAAUUACGCGAACGUCUUCGUCGUCGUUGUUCAGGUGUAUCAUCGUCUUCAUCACGUUUAAAACGCGAAUUACGUACAACAACGAUGCUUGUUUUUAUCACAUUGUUUACAGUUCUCGUCGAAUUUCCUCAAGGUCUUCUCCUUAUUGCCACUGGCAUCGAUAAAGAGUUCUUCGUGUUAUACUCACAUCUCGGUGACAUUUGGGAUAUAACAUCGAUUGGUUCAUCAUUCAUUACAUUUAUCAUGUACUGUUCAAUGUCUCAACAGUUUCGUAUGGAAAUGUACGCAUUGAUAUUACCCAAAUGGUUUACAACGGUGUUUAAUAUAAAAAAAGCCACGACUGACAUACCUAAUGGAAUUAAUCUGCAACCUCGAACGACAAUUACACAUACAAUUCUUAUGUCACCGGGCACUACACGAACUCCACAAGAUCUUUAG